UUUUAAGCGAAUUACCUGAGGAGGACCACACCAGCAUUAGCAUACUGAAGAGUGACUGCGAAGGAGUAAACUCCAGGACCAUCGCUGUUUCCAAGGAAGAGCUGAAGCUUUAGUUUGAGGGAUCUGAUGAUGAGUUACAGCAGCGGGGGACUCUUCAAUCCUGCCUACCAUGACAGUGACACUCUGGAAAUGGACAGAAGGUUUGUGUUCAUAUGAUAAUAUCAAGACAGGAGUAAAUUACAAGAGAAAAACAGGUUUAUAAAGGCAGCAAUAGAAGCACCUUAUUCGUGUUUACCUUAUUGUUUGUUACAUGUGGUUUCAGGUCUACCAACAAACCUCAACACACUAACCCUUACCCCAGGCAAGACCCUGGCUGGAGGAAUGAAAGGGAACACACACAUUACUCAUCAGCUCCACAGCCCAGCAGUGAUGGCAUUAGAGGUCAAGCUCCCUCGGGGGGCUGGCAGGAAGAGAGCUGGAGAGGGAGGGAGAGGAUCCCCAUGAGCUUCAUCUCAACGGGCCCCGGGAGUCCUUCGUGGCAACAUGACCUCAGUGAGUGGACCUGUGCUGAGGGACUACAAGACAUUAACAAAACCAUUUAAGUCCUGUGUGAAUAAUUUCAUAAUAAAGCCACAUUAUUGGGCGCUAACUAAUUGUUAUUGGCUUUAGGAAUUAGCCUUAACUCCUGAUGAUUUAUCUCAUCGCACUGAAAUGAGCCACACUGUCAUGACAAGAGCAGAUGUAAAUGUUAUUCUGAGGUAUUACAAGCCAGAGCCAAAGACUUCAUAGGUUGUUGUUUUUUUAAUUUUCAUAAAAAUUUAACUUGUUGCAUUUGCAUUUACUGUGAAUCAUAACUUUGGACUAUACAAUCUUGAAACACAGUUUGGUUUAUAUCAAGUGUAAAGCUAUUCUGACUUCUGAAAACUGUCUUUAUUGAGAUUUGAGUCCAGACUUUGAUUUUAUUCCUCCUCCUUUUUUUAGAUCACAGUACGCUCCAAAUCCUCCCCGACUCUCAGUAUGACCGAUCACCUGCUGUUCGACUUCCUUCCACAGCCUCAGGUAAUGGUUAAACUAAUCUGCCCAUUAAUGAUAGCCUCUUUUUUCACAGUCUGCACUGCAGAUUAGUUUAUUGUCUUUAUUGCAGUCUCUUGCACUCUUGUUGACGCAUCCUUGCACAGACAGAAAACUCACAGCUUUAAUAAAGUACCUCACUUCCCUGAUGAUUAAUCGGCUUAAUAGACUUGGACAAGGUAAUUAUUGAUGGAGGCCACGUGAUAAAAAAGACAAGGGACAGACAAGGAAGCAAUCACAGAAAAUAAAUCAGGUGAAAGGGUACAAGUUUGGAAAAUAGCUGAGGAGAGGGACUAACCUGAAGGUUCACUUUUCCUAAAUCAUGUCCUCUGGUGAAAAAUUUUAUUCUGCUUCAGUUUAACAAAAAAGUAAAACUCCCAGGUGAAAAUGACAGAACAAAUAAACUUAUUUUUCUGUAUACCAUCAACCUGGUCUGACACCUUCCCUCUCAUAGUUUAGUGAUGGGCAAAGCGGUUCCUUUAGAUGUACUGAAUCACUAGAAUCAGCUUACUCAAAAGAUUCGUUAAAGAGAUUCGUUCACCAAAUCACAGAGUCAUUCAGCACUUAGCAGGAGGAGCCUGUGACUCUAACUUUCUGAACUGAUACACAGCUGAACGGUUCAGGUUUCAGUUCAGAUCAUAGCUUCUGGGACCGGCAGAUGAAAGUGUCGUGUUUGCGUAGCUUUGGCAACACUCAUUUAUAGAUCAUGAUGAUGUGAAUGUACUGUUAAAAUAAUGAGGAACAACGGUCACCAUAAAAGCGUAUCCCUCAGACGAAAAUGAUUCUGGAGAGUGUAGUUCACUGUGUGAUUCGUUCACCGAGUGAUUCAGGCGUCAGUGCGUUCGGUCCCUCGCUUGCCAGCUUCUCGCCAGGCAAUGCUGCAUGUUAUGGCAUCUGCGCCGCUGACAGCUCAACUAAACUGAGAAACAAACAAAUCACUCGAGGAAGUGAUUCGGUUCUGCAGGUUCACAUAAAAGAGUCAUUAUUUAUCAUUCAUGAACGACACAACACAAACAUAUUAUUUAGAAGCACUAAAACUUCAAUUAGCGACAAGUCUUGUUCUGGAAAGCCUUGUUGCUUUUCCAGACCUGUUACUGUUUGUCUGUUUCAUGAACAACUUAAAACCUUCUCUCAGGAUCUUUAACACAUCAAACCAACAGGAUAGUGAGCUGGGGGAAAACAUCAUCUAGCAUCAUCCACCACAAACCUCAGACUUGCCCCUUGUAUGUGAUUAAACACACUAAACUUGUGGUGUGGAACGUCCUCACUUUCAGUGAGCCGUGGUUGGCACAGUAGUCCUAAACGUGUGUCAGGCUGCAUCCGUAUCAGUGAUAGCACCAGUAUCUUAAGCUCAAUCAAAGGUGAAGAUAAUAUAGGACAGUGGCUCAUAAUGUGCCCCUGUGCCUGCUCUACUCUGACUCAGCACAUUUACAAACAGUAGUUUAUCGGGAACAAGUAGAGAGACAAGAUUUAUUCUCACUAUCUCGCAGAGACACUGUUUUCCUCUAAAGCUGUGAGGCCAAAACUUCAGACUCUAACUCUUCUUGAUCGGAUAUGCAACACACUGAAAUAAACAGUGAUGUAUGUUGUCUCUAUGAUGUACAAAAGCAAAUGAGACCUUCAUGACAAGAGUGACAAUUUCGAGAUAGAGAAAUUUUAAUGCCAGUAACUGCUGAAAACAGGAGUAAAAAAAUGAGUUCAGUUGGAAGAAAGAGGGUAAGGAGGUCUGAUUAUCUGGUACGUCGACUGACCUGACAUGCAGGAAACCCUUCCUCCCUUUCUGCCGUCUCCUAAAAUCACACGUGUUUGGCUCUCAAAACAAACACAUCAAUUAAGCGAAUCAUUCGUACAAAUUGACCGAGUAAAUACACAUUUGUGUGUCCAGAUACGUGCAAAUUCAGCAAGCAGAUGAUUUUACUUACGCUUGUUUUGAACACAACAUUUAAAGGGUUACCACUUUGUCCACAGGGGGCGACAAAGUCAACACAGACAGAGAGUUCCUCACAGGAGCUUUAACGAGGGAUAUAGAAGACAGCGCAGUAAUUACAAAUUAAAACGACUUCUUAACACUAACAUUUAGCCUAAAAUUGUCUGUAGUUGAUGUAAUAUUAGCUUAUAUUAUAGCAUCUGCGCUGCUGACAGCUCAACUGAACUGAUCAUAAAUUCUCAUGUUAUGAAAAUUUAUGAUCUGUUUUAUUAUAAAAUAAUGCAAAUUAUGUUUAGAGCAAAAUCAAAAAUGCUCUUUGACUCUUUUCAAGUCAGAACAGUCCGUAUAAUCUCAGAGGUGCUUGCAAAUUUACUGUACAAGAAGCUAAAAAAGGUAUGAAGAGGAGACGUGUCUCCAUUACUGAAGUUAAAUUCUGUAAAGAUGCUAACAUAAAUCUAAAAACACGUCAAUCUUUUUUGGUUUUAGAAAAUGGUUUGUAAAGCUAUUUUUGAAGCUUAUAAGAGUGAUUGAUUAUCUGUUGUUGUGGUUUCUUUGUUUUUCUGGAGGUCGGGAGCCUAAAAAGUUGACAAUACAGGAUGGGCUUUUAUAAGCAGUCUGCUGCUGCCUUUUCAGUCAAUAUUCAACACAUGAUUCUUGAUUUAGGGAUUUUGUGUGAAAUGUCAAUAUUGUGUACAAUAUUUGGUGUUGUCAUGACUGAUUAAACGACUACUACUGCUACUACGGUGCAAGCUAAUUAGCUAAUGGGUAACAAAUAUGUUGUGUAACUUUUGACCUGAUCAAUUUGCCUUUCACUUGCUGAAAAAACGGUUCAAUAAUGAUGGAAGCAAAUAUGCUUUUGCAACAAUAACAGCACUUUUUCCCAAUCUUGAGUUUAAGACCAGAGGAAAAUUACCACAUGUGAAUAUAGUAAUUUAAAAAACAACAAACUUUACUUUUAUACCCACAGCUGCAAUUUACCAGCUGCUCUAAGUUAGUAUUUUUAAAAAUAUCAGGCUCAGAAAAUUUAUGACAAUCACCGCUGAAUGUCCUUUUUCCCCUUGUUUAUCAAAGGGAACAUGACCAUGAGAUGGAGGGGAACAACAUUAAGAAGGAUGAGCAUGUUUCCCAGCACUGAUCCUGCCUACCAAGCUUUCACAGAGGACGCUAUCAGAGACGAGAUGGAAAACGGUAAAGCCUCUGACCUGGUGUUGUGCAACUGGAACAGCAAUGUUGCACCUUAUCUGCAUCCUGCACCUGUGUUCAGAUCUAAAGAUUGUUAUUUUGUGUGUGACAGAGGAACAAAAACUGGUGCAGGAACUUGUUGCCCAGUCAACAGGAGACGGAAUUCGUGCCAUUCGGGACCUUCCAGUGAGCUUCAGAGAGAAAAAACAUAUCAGGUGGGUUUGAACAGACUAGCAGUAAAAGAAGCAAACUUCCUUGUCAGUAUCAAGGCAUGUGGUUAAUCUUUACACCGAGCUUAGAGCCGUAAAAAUAAGUAGUCUACGAAUGUCCAAAGACAAGGUGGUACUGUUCGGUUGCAAAAUAGUUCACUGGAGGAAAAGUUACAUAAAUGUGAGCAAACACGAAACACACCGCUCCCUUUCCUCAAGAAACAUGAAGUGCAAAUGCUUCUCUGUGUGCUGCAGGAAACAUUUUAAUGUUGUUAUAACCUCUAACAGUUAUGCAUUACCUCUGCAGGAGUCAAGUGCUGGCUUUUAAAUCUGCAGAAAAAUCACACCACUUCACAUGUUUGGCAGAGUGUUCGAAGAGAGUGUCAUCAGUGAGUGUUCAACAGAUCAUAUAACAAAAUGCCUUGAAGUUAAACAUCUUAUCAUAACCUUUUUGUUUUGUCUAAACUCUACAAAAACUGUCCUCUCAGUCUUUCCGUAGGCUUGGCUACAGUGUAAAUUCAACCAAGCAGACCCUGGAGUUGUGGCAGGGAGUUAUGAAAGAGAUCGGCGGCAAGUUCGGCACCAGCGUCCUCUCCUAUUUUGUGAUCCUCAGGUGGUUGCUCAUGUUCAACGUUUUAUCCUUCCUCGUCAAUUUUUGCUUCAUCACCAUCCCGAUGCUCGUUCAUAAUCUGUCACCUAACAUCCCUACAAAUGUGAGCUUCAGAGGACUGGAGUUACUGACGGGAGCUGUAAGUGGAGGCGCAUAUUACAUAACAUACAUAAUAAACCUUUUUAUAGACAUUUAUAAACAUUUUUAUGGAGACACGGCCUUUUAUAUCCUCCCAGAUCUUAUUCUAGAGUACUGAAACUGCCUAAGUGAGCAUGUUUGUAUUAAUAACGGAUGAUUUUUUUUUUUAAAAAGGGUGACUUUCGGGGUAAAAUCACUAUUUGCUAAUGAAUUGCAGCACAAAUGAGUAACUGCAGUAACUUUAGUCAAAUGUAGUAAAGUCAAAUAUUCUCUACAAUGUUUUAGUUAAGUUCUGAUUUUAAUGACAAAUCAAAAGUUCACUUGAAAGCUCCUCCGUAAUAUGAGUGAAUGUGAUUAAAUUAGGGUGACCAUAUUCUGAAUCCCCCCAAAAAAGAGGACACUACUACACGGGGCGGAAUUGUUCACGAGCCAAAUUUUGAGGGUUUUUCAGAUUGGGUCGAGUGUUUUUUAUGUGCUUCUAAGUUAAACACAUAAAUGUCAUCAUUUUUUUAUCUUUUAAAAAAAGAACAUUUUAUCUCAUCUUUUAUUUUUCACUGGCAGAAACGGGCUGCCAUACAAAACCCCAGGAAUUCAAAGAAUUUUAAAAACUUCCCCUGGACGGGCCGGACAGCCCCCCAAAAGAGGAUGUAUGAUCACACUAAUUAAAUGCAAGUUUCUUAAUUGUGUUUUUAAAUUUCCAGGGCUACUUCACUUACACAACCAUGUAUUACGGAGGCUACAGCAAUGAAACCCUGGGACAUCUGGUGCAGUACGACAUGCAGCUGUCAUAUUUCUUCACUAUUGCUGUGUACAUGGUACUCUGUGGGAUAAUACUCAUCCUGAGGUUAGUAACUUUGUGUGUAUUACAACUAUAGACUGUAUAUACUAUGGACAACUUGGCUCCGCCUUCCGCCAUUAUACGAAUUUGAAGCCGAAUUGCUCUCGGUAUUUCUGGGAUUUUCUCUACUUCCUGGAACCACCACUUGCGCAGUAGCAUUGAAUACAUCUUCACCCAGAGAGGAAGCAAACGCUGUUCAUUGUAUAUACAGUCUAUGAUUACUAUGGAACAACACCAAUGACAUUUUCCCACAUCUCUUUAAAUUAACGAAUAUGAUUUCUAAAAUCUGACUUUGUCUUUUCGCAGCAUGGCCAGCUCCUUCAAGAGAAACUAUGUACUAGCGGAUCCAGUUUCCAACAGUGCGUGGCAGCUUCUGUGCAGCUGGGAUUUUAGUAUAACUAAUGAGCGAGCAGUGAAGCAGCGCAAGAACAACCUGCGUGUCCAACUCAAGGUGACUGUUAGUCUGUUGCAAACCUGCUUUAAACGCAAAGUAGGGAAAAGGAGAUGUGUUUUACACCAUGCCUCAUAUUAUCGGGAAGCAUAGAGUACACCAACUUUAAUUUCCAUCCUACUUUUUCAUUAAAGUCCCACUCUGAUCGGUUUUUUUUUUUUCACUACUUAAAGUGUUAUCAGUGGUCUUUAAGUUGUGAUUAUUAAGUUUUUAGCCAAAAUCAUGUUACCUGUUUCAUUUUCAAGAGCUUUUCUUCAGCAGAGCUUCAGCUCAUUAGCGAUUCGCCUCUGAGGCUGCGCUGCGUUGCACAAUCCUCUUCAUGCUAGCAUGUAGCCUAAUGUUGCCAGUGUCGUAGAAGAAGCAGGUAACAUAGGAGUUAUUCAGCUCUCGAACACUAACAUCUUUAGAAGCAUGACGAAAGUUAAUAUCAUAAUUAGCUUUUUUACGAACAUUGCAAUCCACUUGCGCACACACUGGUUCCGCAAUUGUCCUCUCUACUCUUAUGAGUGUGGCCUGUAUAAUGGGGCUCUGGGGGCGGAGCUUGGAUUUGUGACAUAGAAAAUCUCACUGUAUCUGAGCCUGCAGUUUGGGUCUGCCAGAGAUUCACAGAGAUGAUAUAUCCUGUAGCAUCAGAAAAGUGUCAUAUGAACAUGCAGACAACAAGAAAAACAUGAUUUUCAUAAGAGUGAGACAGAAAAGUAAUCAAGUAAUAAUCAAACAGGUCUGAGGUAAAUCCCUGCUUAAGAUGUUUCAUUGUUUUUGGCGUCUUUCAGGAGUCUUUGUCGGAGAAGGCCCAGGGGGAACAGCUGACUCUCUCUGAGAAACUCAAGAAGUUAGGGGUUCAUCUGGGUUCCUGGCUCCUCUCCACCAGUCUGGCUGCUGGCUGUGCGGCUGGCAUCUAUUACCUCUGCCAAUAUGAAGAGGAGGUAGUACCCAUGACGGAAUAAUUCAACCUGCUGUCAGACUCUAAACUCUGAAUAAUGAAACGUCAGAUCUUGACCUGUUGAAAUGAUUUUUACAAGCAUGUUCAGAGAAACUGAAAAUACGUGACGACAUUUUAGGUUGUUUGGUCUCAGAGAUACCUUAUCAGCAGGUGUCACAAGCUAGGACUUACUGACAGUGUUUCAUCAUGUCAUUUACCGGCAGUGCAGGGUUUGAACUGUUUUAUUGAACCUGGUUGGUAUCUGACGCUAUCCUGAUCGGAAUUCCAUCUGUUAUCUUUAUAGAGGACAACAGAUGACGCCAACCAGUCCCUGCUGGAAGAGGCGAAGACUCUCCUGGUUCCCUUUGUGGUGUCAGUGAUGAAUCUGGUUGUGCCGCUCUUCUACUCCCUCUUCAACAAGUUUGAGCUCUACUCCAGUCAGCGCAAACAGAUCUACGCUCUGGUCGUGAGGUUAGCACCAACAUGCACUGUUCCGAAUAAGCUCAGGAAAUGUGCACUUUAUUAUCUUCUCAGUCUGUAACCCAUUGGCUGAAAGACUGCUGUCUCUUCCUCUUGCAGAAACGUGCUCCUCAAGAUGUCCGUUUUGGCCGUCUUGUGUUAUUACUGGAUGAAUGUGGUGGCGAAAAAGUUUUCAGUAAGACAGAGACCUGUUCUUCUAAACUCUUAUUAACCACACAAAUGUUUAUUCAUUCAUAUGAUUGAUUGAUUUUCCAAGGAAGUGUAUUUUAUUCACUAACAAACAAAAAGGGAAACUGUUUUUGGGGGAUUUUUUUUCCACACUACACUUCUGUAAUUUUCCCUGUUCUCCUCAGUGUUGGGAGUCUGUGGUGGGACAAGCUCUGUACCGUCUGGUUAUUUUCGAUUUCUUCUUCCUAUUGUUGGGAUCCUUCUUUGGGGAGUUUCUUAGCAAGUGAGUAUCUGACCAGAAUCUUCACAGGAGUACAAAUGUUUUAAGUGGACCUGAAAAUCAAAAUUAUGUCUCUCUGACAGUGUGAUCGGGACCAGAUUAAUACGCCGUCUUGGCGUUCCAGAGUUUGACGUUGCAAGAAAUGUCCUGGAGCUGAUCUAUGCUCAGACUCUGGCCUGGUAAGAGCAGCUAUUUCUGCCGCCUGGUUUGUGUUUCCUCUCCUGGUCUCAGAUCCGGUCCGCUCUUACACUGUUUUCUUUCUCCAGGAUUGGGAUCUACUUUGCUCCUCUGCUGCCCGUCAUCCAGAUUGUGAAGUUUUUCAUCUUGUUUUACCUAAAGAAGGUAAAUCCAGGUUUGGGUGACUGUAAACUGAACUGCUCUGGUUACUCAGAUACAAUGCCAUGACUGCUGAGGCUGCUCUAUGUACUUUCAAAGGGUCAUGUUACUCUAUAGGACCCGGUUUAAUAAUUGAUUGAAAUCCUUCAACCACAAUAGUGACAGUCUUGUUUUGGUUACGGGAAAACCAGGCUGGUUUUGGAUUGAUCGGUUAAUCUUUUGUUUGCACUAAAGAAGUCAGGACUGGUCACUCUUGGAUGAACUGAACGCACAUGACCGGUUAUUUGACCGGGUCCCUGCUCGUUGCAUGAUUAAUGAACACGAUGAAAGACCUUUAAAGUCAUGCUGAGAUCUUCAUGGUCUCUUUUGUGAGGGUAAACAGAUAUGAAGUUCAUGCUAAUAUGGAAUAGUGGUGAAUGUGUGUCCCAUUCUCAGUCCCUUUUUCAAUCACCCUCUCAGGUCAGCCUGACACAGAACUGCCAACCACCACGUCGCUCUGGGAGAGCAGCGCAGAUGCAAACCAUCUUCAUCGCCCUCCUCUUCUUCCCUUGUUUUGUGGGAGCUCUGUCUAUGGUUGCAUACACCGCCUGGAGGUUCGAGCACACCAUGAAACUCUAGAUCAUUAUAACUUUGGCAUAAGUUAUCAACAUCCCAAUAGUUGAGACAUGUGGAAAAAAAUGUCGCUCUCGUUUUGUGCACCUUCUCCUGUUUAGUCUCACUCCGUCAGAACAGUGCGGUCCUUUCCGAGGGCUCAACAACACCUUCAGUGUGGUUGGAGUUUGGAUAGAUGAUCUGCAGGAGACCGAUGACCAUGACUGGGCUGUCUGGAUCUACCAAAACAUCAUCAGAAGUGAAAUCUUCUACUUUUUUGUCACUCUUAUCAUCAUGUAAGUGAAGAGUGUUGGAAGUAAAUGUGUUUUUUUUCACUGAGCCUGGGCCUGCAGAUUAGAUAGAAACCCAGUCGAUAUUUGUCUAGGGCACAUGGCUACUUUUAAUUAAAGGGAUAUUCCGGCGUAAAUUUAAGUUAUGGUCAAACACACCGUAACACCGAGUUAGACCCCCCUGGAGAGAUGAAUGUUGCCGACAGCUUGCUUGUCUAGUUAUACCAACUUUAGUAAUGACCGUACGAUAGCAAUACACAGCGGUCUAUGUCUCCUUGCUCAAACCUCAACCAAAACGCCACUAUAUAGCCACAAAUAAUGCUCAGAACAGCACCUAACUUCAUCAACAGUACAUAUAGGGUCCCAGACAUAGUACUAGCCAUCAAACAUCUUUUUAGCUUUGCCUGAUUUCUUUAGCAAAGAGACUAAACACAACUCACCUACUCUCUUCAGGCAGCCGCUUGUUUGUUAGGGAACCCUGAUGAGUCAAUCACAGAGUGCAGCAGAACAUUUAUGAUUAUUACUUCAUGGAAAUGCAAUCAGCCCCAGACGCUAAGGCAGAAGAACUACCAGGUCUGCAGUGCACAUACAAGAUUCACAAGAACCCUGGUUGCAUAAUCAUAAAUGUUCUUCCUUGAGCUGCAAAACUCCGCUGCACUCGGUGAUCGACUCAUGAGAUUAAAAGUUAAUUUUAACCUUAAAAACUGUAAAUUCAGAACCAUGUGCAGCUCAGUAUUAUGGGACAAAUUUGGUAAGGGGUUUUAGAAACGCUUUAAAGAACAAAUAUGAGAAUCAUUAGACUAAAUGUUAUUAUAUUUACCUCGGUCUGUCCUCCACAAGCUUUAAUGAUACAGAGUGAGUCAUCUAAAGCAAUGAUGCAAACUAAAUCAAAGCUGUCAUGUUGAGUCCAAAUCAGUUCUCCUCUCCCCUCAUGUGCUUGUAAGGUGUUCAGGGUAACUAAGCUCUUGUUCCAUCACUGAAUCAGUAAUACGGAGUAACCAUGGUGAUCUUUUCAGCGAACUGAAUCCUACCCCGCAGUCACACUGUGUCUCUGCUUUUAUUGACAUUUAUUCAACUUUUAUUCAGCCUCAGACUCUUACAGUGUUUGCAGAGAAUGAGUGUGUGCACAUUAUCCGUCUUUUUUUAUGAGUUAUGUGAACAAUUUCUAAAAUAUUCACAAUAAUAAUCAUUACAUCCUCCUUUUUAGGAUUGUCAUAUACAUCUUCUGGCAAAUCACUCGGGGACGCAAGCAGCUUAUUUCUCAACUGAGGCAACAGAUUGUGAACGUGAGUGACCCUUUAAAAAUGUCACGCGAGUUCGCUCUUGUUUGUUUGAGCUUUCCUUUUGUUAUCUUCUGGUUUGUUUAUCCUCUCACUGUACUCCAAAUUGAAAUCUACUUAUGUGUGUGUGUGUUUUCUUUUUUUUUCAUUUCCUUUUUUUCCCUCUCUCUCUCUCCUUUGUUUUUGUGUUGUUUGUUUUGCUCCCACCAGGAAGGGAAAGAUAAAUCUUUCUUGUUAGACAAACUCCAGAAUCUGCAGAAAUGUCAGCCCAAGAAGAAACACAAACAGAAGAAUCACAAAAAGGUUUGUUGUUAAAUUAUCUCACGCUUACUCACUUCCCUCCCUGAGUUUUGUUAUCAGCCUCAGUACAUAUUUUGUCUCGUCCUCUCAGCACACCGAGCAGCGUCCUCACGACAGCUCGCCGAAUGGUCAGCCCCACUCUAAUGCUAUGGUUCAAGCUUUACUGGCUCGACAGCGGCUUGAAGAGGAGGAGGGCCGCAGGACGAGCAGAGUGUCUGUUCCAUCUGACAUCUCCUCCUCCAGCAGUCUGGCUCAGGCCAUGUUAGCCCGUCAGAGAGCAGAGGCUUCGGAGAGAGGGGAAUUCUUCAGCACAACAGGUUUCUCUGAAAUCCCCUUAAACACAUCCAACGCUGUCACACAGCCGAUGCAAGACAGACGAAGAGCAGGGGAGUACAGAGCAGACGAGGCAGAUGGCCUGUCAUCUUCUGUGUCGAGUGUUAUGAUGCAAGUCAUGCAGGCCAGGCAGAGAGCGGAGGAGGAGGACAGAUUUCAGUGGGCCGCCGCUCCUCAAGGAAAUUCAGCUUCUGCAGGAUCCAGUGCUCUCAUACAGGCCAUGCUGGCCCGACAGCAAGCCCAGAACGAGUUUGAUGAUGGAUACUGAGCAGCGGGUCCAGCAUUUGUUUUGUUUUUUUCUGUCUACCAAGAACUUUUGUCAUGAAUACAUGAUUUAGCGCAACUGUAAAUACAUAAAUAAGGGGAUUGCAAUACAUCUAGCUAGGAAUGGGCGAUAAAAUACCAUUCAUGAAAAAUCCUCCAUGGUAAAUAUUUGACAUCUCAUGAUAAAUGCAAGCGAGCGAGCGACGGACUCACAGCCGUAGCCCACACAGAGCAGAAUAACAAACAAACAUGGAUGAAGGUAAUGAAGAAGACGUUCCAUGUUACUGAACGAAGCUCCACAUGAGGGAUUUCCUUCAAGAUUGGGGUUUAGACGAGUGAAACAGGUCUGCCUGACAUCGGACAGAGGAUCUGCUGCUGUUCACUCUGUGCAAUAAGAGUUUUUUAACAAAUGUUUAAACAGUUUUCACUUGUUUGAUGUCAUUCGUUUGCUCUAUAACCCACCACUCAAACUUGUGGUUAAGUUUCUUAUUUGACGUCUCCAACUGGUGUUCUCAAGACAAAAUGAGUCAAAAAUACAGAUUGGAAUUAUAAUAUUUUUUAUCAUUAUCGCCAGAAAGGUAAAUCUUUUCGUAUAUCCUAUAUCGCCCAUCCCUACACCCAGAUCAGAUGUACAUAAAAGAAGAGCUCAGAUACCUUUUGUAGCAGGACUAAGAGAGAGUGCAGGUCCACCUUCUCCUUUUUUUUUUUUUACAAAUAUAUUUUGAUAGUUUCACUUUCUGUGACAGUGUAUGAGCAUUAGAUGAUAAAUUAAUAAUGUAAAUUAUGAGCUACAGGCCCUACAGUGCCAUUUUAGAUAGACAUUUCUGUAUAUGUGGA